ACAGACAAGAAAUGUGAUGAAGAGUGUCAAAGCGAUUGUGUAGCUGGUUUUGUGUGUGCAUCAGUGUGUUGUGUUGUGACAGUUAGGCUUUUCAUGCAUACUUCUUCAGUACCCUGCCACCACAUUAAUUAAGCUGGUUCAAAAACAUUCCAGUACUCCAGGGACACAGAAAGGCUGUUUGGCUCAUUGAGGCUUGUCUGUUGCAAGCACUGCAUUAUAUGGAAUUGUUUCUUUUGAAUGACAAGGUGUGUUUCAAACAGAGAGAAGAAGUGUGUUAACACUUUGGAGCCCUAAUAGAACAAUACCAAUAACUAAAGUGUCAAUGUCAACCAAACUAGGUUUUUACCUGGAAAAUGCUUUGUGUACUGUUAUUUGUAUUCAAAUAUGUUCUUUCACUUAAAAAAAAAUCUUAAUUCCUAAACAAUCAAAAUUCUAAGUUAGUAAAACAGUAAUGCUCAAGAUUGCAUUCAAUUCUUACAGCACUUGCUUAAUGCAGUAAUACUGCAGUUUGAUACUUUUAUCAUUUUUAGUGGUGCAAGUAAAAUACUGUACCUUACUGUACUGCAGUUACUAUAUCUGGCUGCUGUUGUUAAUCCAUACUUGCUUUGUUAAAUGUAAGGUUGUUUUUGCAUUUAUCUAUGAAGAGGUUUAAAAUUGUUUAAAUUAUGUGAACAGCUGGUUUGGGAAUGCUUUGCCAUAUUUGGAUCUGUCUAGCCUCAGUUUGUACUGAAUAAUUUCAGUUUAAGUGUAGUUUUCAGCGGAUAUCAGUACAUGCAUAAAUUAAUCUGCCACAAUCUGAUAAAGCUUGAAUAUACAUCUGAAUGUUUUUGUAAAUGCACUGAUGACUGCGGCUGAUCUGUUGAGUUUUAAAAAUGAUGAUUUUUUUCUUUAAAGAGCAUACUUGUGUGGAUAUUUUUUUCCACUUGUUCUUUAGAACAAAGGCGGAAACCACAGCCAAAUUCACAAACUAACCAUUUCACUUUUUUCCUUUGCAAAUCUAAUUUUGUCAACUGCAGUACAACUUUCUUCCAGUUUCUUCCACUUUCUUCUUUACUGAAACAUUUCUACCUAUACUAUACAUGUCUAUAAAAUUGCCAUUAAAAAACAAUGCUAGUUACAUUUCUGUUAUUUCAAAUGCGUAUAUUUAUUAAAUAAAAAAAUGAACCGCUAUUUAUAUGGCUUUUUUAAUUACCUUCAUAAUUAAGCCACUAGAACUACAUUAUUAUUAUUAUUAUUAUUAUUAUAUAUAUAUAUUUUUUUUAUGAUUUGGUUGCAAUUGACAGCAUUUUGUUUGAAGAUCUCGUCACGAUUUAGGUCUUAAUUGUUUUCAAUAUUAACUUGCGAAUUGUGUUUCAGUGGGAACACUAAAUAUAGCACGAGAAAGCACCACCCCCCCAAUCGUAAAAAGCUUCCGCUGCCACUGGUGAAUAGGGUAUAUGUGUACUAUAAUGCAUAAGACCGAUUAUACCAGAUAUGUACGUACUGUUCAUUACAUCGUUCAGAUAUUCCUCAGUGUGUUUUCUGUUACCAUUUACUUCUGUGUUUUAAUUUUGCUUAAUGUCUGUUUUUGCUGUUAACUGUGCAUUUUGAUGUUUGUUUCAUUUUUGACUUCAUUGUUUUACAAUCCAUGCUUUGUUAUUUUUUGUGCUGUAUUUUCACACUCAUUUUCUGCUCAUUUGCAAUGCGAGAGACCUUAUAUACAUAGGUAGUAAAAGCAAGAGAAUUUCCAGUACAUAACUGGGACAGAGAAGAAGAGGUAGCUGUAGUUUUCUCACCGUGAAAGCCUGGAGGAGAAGGAGAAAAAUACCCCCUGCUGGGUAAUACAGUGCACUAGUAAGUAUUUCAUAAUAUGUUAUCUUCAUGUUUUUAUUUGUAUUUAUAUGGCUACAAAUUAUGUAGUAAUAAUCAAUACAGCACUCUUUACAAUUCACAUUUCACAUUUUAACAGUAUACACGACAGUACUUAGUUUAAAAUUUAAAGAACUGCCUGAAUUAUUCCUUCUAUUGUCAGUUCCAAAGCAGUUUAGAGGGAUGCAAGUAAAGGGAUACAUUUAUAUAGCAAUGUAGCAGUUAAAUGUGGGCACUGAAAUGUUUUGAUGACAGAAAAAAAUAUUCUUAAAAAAGGGGUCUAUUCUAUUGAAUACAUGGUGGAGGACCAACAAAUUAGCACCUAUUUUUUUAAAUAAAUCUUUUGAAGAUACAUUUACAUAUCAAAAUAUGUAAAGAUUUAAUUUCAGUAUCUUGAUGCACAAGAGCUGUAUUUUGAACCCAGCGGUACAAUCCAGUCCAGUUUGAUGCCUUCUUCCGUAACCCUUAACAGCUGAUUUGGAAACUCACCUGUAUCUUGUAAUUGCAUUGUUUGAAAAUAGCUACAAUUGCUUUUUUAUGCCUCACAUCAAAAGGUUGUAUUACCUUUAUUGUCAUUUGAAGUUUGUGUUAGUAGUACCAUUAAUUAACUGCAGUAGUAAUUUAAUAAAUGUAUUCGUUUGUUUUUCAGAAUGAAACCCCUGACGCGGAGAAUGAAGAUGAUCUUGACAGUUUCCCUGAAAUUAGAACUGAUACGGUAAGCCUUUUAACCAAAAUCCACAAAUUAGAAACAGAGCUGAAAUAUGAAUGCAGGUGUAGAAUCAAUGCAGAGAAAGAAGUAAGACAGUGGAAAGAAAUGAACAUCCCCAUGGCACAGAUGAAAGGGACUGCGAAUGAACUCAAAUCAGUUUUGACAUAUGCCAAAGUCAGACUUGAAAAACCCCAAUACAAAACCAAUGUGAAUACUCCAUAUGUAGAAAACCACAUUGUGGAAGAUGCAUUUGAAAAUAAUUCAAAGGAAGAUCGAAUUCUUGAGCUUCCUGGUGGGCUUCGAGUGCAGAAGACUGUACUGUACAACAGAAUUUCAGCAACAGACUUUAAAAAGUACACCUCAGGACUUUUGACAGCGGUCUUCAAUAGAGAUAUUCUGGCCACGCAUUCUCUCCAAGGAAGGAAAUCGUCCAAUGGAAAAGUGGAUCACCAAAAACCACCGCUACCCUCCGAAGCAUUGGCAAAUUUAAUAGAGCACAUCAAAAUCAAAUUUGGAGUUGAUGCAAGCCUGAUUAGAGCCGCCAAAAGGAUGAAAUUAAAUAACAAGGAUGAAAUGUUAAAGAAGAGACUGAACACUUUUCUAAACAUAUUAAGAGACUGACAAGUGGAGUUUGCAUUUAGACAUUUGCUGAUGAUUGCUAUGUAGUGUGCAGUUGAUUAAAAGGCAAUAUAUGUUUCUGCUUUUUACAUUAUAUAAGAGCAAAAUAAAACGAACAGCUAUAAAACCAUGUAUUACCUUUUAAUCAUUUCAUUAUUAAUUUUGUAAAGCUGGAUUGAUUUGGGAAUUGUAUAGCACCCCUAAGGCACGGGUCUGCACUUUGUUAUAUGCAGAAUGUAUUCAGGAAAUGCUUGGUUUAUGUGGCUGUCAAUAAUAAAGAUACUAUUUGUUACAUAUCACUGACUCUGUGUGACUUUGUGGGCGACAUUCUGGGAGAGAGGCAACUUAAAGAGAUACUAUUUAUACUUUCGGGUCUUUUUCGGUGUGAAUUGUUUUGUUUUCUGAUCCAAGUAAGAUGCAGAUUUUAUGAUUUAGGGAUAAACAACUAGUAGAAAGAAAAAAAUCUGAACUCUGAACUUGGUAAUGUUUGUAAAAUAUGUUAAAACAUUUUUGUCUCAAUAUUUUGUGAGGAAUAUUUAAGCUACCGUAUCAAUUUUUACAGGCUUUCAGAUUUGUAAAAAUGUAUUUCCUUUUUUUAUUUU